CAAAAAUAAUAAAAAAUAAAUAAAUUAACACCUUGAUUGGGAUCAAAGGGGAUUCUUUUUCUCUUUCUCACGUUAGGGUUUUAACUUCUUCUUCCUAUUCGUCUUCUAUCCAAUUUUCAUCUACCAGAAUGGGGGAGAAUGGUAAAAGAAAUCGUUCGCAGAGAGACCGUGGAGACCGUAAUAGGGAUAACAAGAAUCAAAAGAGGCGUGUGAAUGACAGAGAUGAAAGGGAAAAGGGUGAAUUGAUUGUGUAUAGGAUACUAUGUCCAGUUGGAGUUAUCGGGAGUGUUAUUGGUAAGAAUGGAAAAGUUAUAAAUUCGAUAAGGCAAGAGACUAGGGCGAAAGUUAAGGUUGUGGAUCCAUUUCCCGGUGCCAAGCAUCGGGUUAUAACUAUUUAUUGUUAUGUUAAAGAGAAGGAGGAAGUUGAGGUCGAAGAUGAAAUCGAUAAUGAAAAGCCUUUAUGUGCUGCUCAAGAUGCUCUUCUCAAGGUUCAUUCUGCCAUUUCAAAUUCGAUUGAAACUGCUGGUGAUUCUGAGAAGAAACGAAAGAAUAAAGAUGAAUGCCAAAUUCUUGUUCCAUCUAGCCAGUCUGCUAUUUUGAUUGGCAAGUCUGGUGCAACCAUCAAACAACUGAGAGUUAAGACAAGAACAAAUAUCAAGGUCGUUUCAAAGGAUGCAGCUGAUCCUGAGCACUCGUGUGCUAUGGAAUUUGACAAUUUUGUAUUGAUUACAGGUGAAUCGGAAGCUGUGAAAAGAGCAUUAUUUGCAGUUUCAACUAUUAUGUACAAAUUCUCCCCCAAGGAGGACAUUUCUCUUGACACAAAUGUACCAGAAACCCCGCACAGCAUUAUCAUUCCGUCUGAAGUUCCUAUUUACCCACCUGGUGGAUUAUAUCCAGCACAAGAUCCUAUUAUUCAGCCUAGAUCUUUUCCUCAAAUUAUAGGUGCUACAACUGUGCAAGAUCUGCAUGGUUAUGCCGAUACAGGAAAUUCAUGGUCCAUGUACUCAUCUCCCCUUCCAGUAGUUUCCAGUCUUGGUGCUUCCCAAUCUGAAGAAUUAAUUGUAAGAAUGCUGUGUCCCUCUAACAAAAUUGGACAUGUCAUCGGGAAGGGAGGGGGUACUAUUAAACGCAUGAGGCAAACUAGCGGUGCUCGUAUUGAUGUUGAUGAUUCCAAGGCUCGUCAUGAUGAAUGCUUAAUCACUGUAACUGCAACAGAGGCUUCAACUGAUCUGAAAUCUGUAGCUGUUGAAGCGGUUCUACUGCUGCAAGAGGAGAUAAAUGAUGAAGAUGAUACUCCGGUCUCAAUCCGGCUCCUAGUUCCAUCUAAAGUGAUAGGUUGUAUUAUAGGGAGAAGUGGUUCAAUCAUAAAUGAAAUCCGGAAGAGAACUAAGGCCGAUAUUCAAAUCUCAAGAAGUAAUAAGCCUAAAUAUGCUGAUGACAAUGAUGAACUCGUUGAGGUUGUCGGUGAAGUUGAUUGUGUGAGAGAUGCACUAAUUCAGAUAGUCUUGAGACUAAGGGAGGAUGCAUUGAAAAAAAGGGACAUUGACCAUAACCCCCCCAUAGGUGCCGAAUCCUUGUAUGCAAGCAGUUCUGUUCUUUCCGCACCAUCUAUGCUGCCUUCAGUUGCUGCAUUAUCUUAUGAUCAGAGGGCUGGAAGUGGAACUGGACUGGGCAUGCAUUCUACUAGCAGCCGUUAUGGAUAUGAUUCUUACUCGAUGGGAGACACUGGCUAUGGAUCUAUGUCUUCAUAUGCCACCAAGCUGUAUGAAGGACAUAGUCUGCCUACCCUGUCAACAUUGGAGAUGGUCGUUCCUGCUAAUGCUGUUGGCAAAGUGAUGGGUAAAGGUGGGGCAAAUUUAUCUAAUAUCAGGAAGAUUUCAGGAGCAACAGUAGAGAUUUCUGAGUCUAAAUCUUACCGGGGUGAUCGCAUUGCUCUUAUUUCUGGCACAUCCGAGCAAAAGCGCGCAGCCGAAAACUUGAUCCAAGCAUUUAUAAUGGCUACAUAAGUUUUCAGAGUCGGGUGGUUUGGAGGUGAAAAUUUAAUUCUCAAUGCAUCUACUCGAUCCUCUUUUUACUCCGUCUAGGUUGGUCUGGAGAGAGUAUCCUCUAGGGAUCUUUGACUGGACUCGUGCUUCUUCCAUAUCUAACCAGCAAGAUUAUGACAAAGCAUCCGUUUCUGGUUUUGUAUUUUGGAGCUGUAGUUCCUUUCUUCACCUUUUCUUAAUCUACUCUUCAUCUGUGAUUUCUCUUAGAAGUGUAGGAUCUUUCUAUCCAUUCAUGCUGUUUUUCCAUUGAUUAGUGUGGAAUCAUCUUUAUCUCCAUGGAUAAUUUAUCGAGGAAUCUUAAAAUGGUGUUUGUAAUUGACUUGUUUCUUGCUCAACUUUUUAUUCUCCUUUCUUGCUGAAAUCAUCUGCCUAAUGAUGCAAAUAAAAUGCAAGAUUCUCUAGCUGUUUCCUCUUCCAGUAUACCUGGCUUUUGAUUUCUUCGGUCAAAAGUGUGGAAGUUGCCUCGCAAAAUUGAAAACUGGCAGAUUGUUUCUCUCCUUCUUGCUAUGUUUUGUAUCUAUAGUAAUUCGGUAAGUGAGGGCAGUUGUUGACCAUUUAUUUACUGUUUGAUUUCUAGGCCUCUGGUCAUUUUGUUACGACACCAAUGGCAUUUUAUUAUAUGCCUGUAAUCUGAAAAACCAUUGGAAUAUGUUUUGUAAAACAUGUGUUCUUGUUUUUCACUUCUCAAUGUCUUAUAAUGGAUAUCACUCA